AUGUCACAAAAUCUUGGCCCAUCCCUAGAGAGGGGAAUUUGGGCUGCGGUGGCCAUUGCUGCGGUGAUCGUUAUUUUACGCGUGGUCGGAAAAAUCAAGAUCAAUCGGUUUCGCAUCGAUGAUGGACUGAUGAUCUUCGCAGAGAUCCUUGCAAUCGUAUCAAGCGCAUUUCUGACCCUGUCGGUUCGGCACGGCUUCGGUCAAAAUCUCAGCACCCUAACUACGAAGGUGUAUAGCGGCCAACAGCCGGAUGCCUGA